AUCGUCUUCUGUCAGAAUGCUCAGUCGACUUAUAUAGUUCACGUAAAUAGGUCGUGUUGUAUUGUAAAAUAAGUUUUAUUUUUGUAUUAUGAAGGUUGUAAUUGGUCUGUGCGUUUUGGCCCUCGUGGCAUUGUCGUAUGGAAACCCACAUUCAAGAGGCUGUAUUUACGUUAUGGGAAGAUGUUACAAGGAGUGUGAGGAAGGCACCCAUGCUUACACCACUGGCUGCGGCCCCAAGACUCCUGAAGCCACCUGCGACAACCCAACUCCUCAGGCAGAGAAGGCCAUCAUAUGUGACUACUCAGCUUGUUACUGUGACCCUCCAACAGUCAGGGACACUGCCAGUGGCAAAUGUGUGCCUCGGGAAGAAUGCCCUAAAAAGGCGUAAUGAAACGCCUUUUUGAGAGGUCGCCUCGGUUCGAGUCUAUAGUCUUUUUCUUAAGGCUCGAGUAAUAAUAUGUAAGAAUUAAUUGUAUAAAUAAACAGGCUCGAAAUUAGUAUCUGAAACACUGAGUUCAGUUUUUGAAGUACUCAUAAUGGUACUCAUAUUUUCUUUUAUUACAUUUACUUGAUCUACUUUUUUUUUCUAUUUUGAUUGUAAACCUAUAUUUAACCUUUUUUUUCUAUUUUGAUUGUAAACCUAUACUUAACCUAAAAUUGUAUUCAUAACAAGAAAUAAAAGGCUUUUUAUUUUAUUUUUAUUAUUAUUUAUUACUUGACAUCAUAAAAAUCUACAUGAACCAAUUUCGUGUUCCUUUGUCUUUGUUAGUAACAAAUUAGCUUAUAUUUUUUAUAAAUACAUGUACCUAGUUGAUAUUACUCAUUCAGAAGAUGCAAUAGUAUUUUUUUAAUAAAACUAUGAUAUUAAGUAAA